AUGCCCUCUUCAGUCUGCCGGGCAUUGGCUAACAAAGCACUGACGUUCAGACUAUACCUACUAUUUGCCGCCUAUCCGAUCGUCUACCAGCGGGGCCGCGGCUGGAGCGAAGGCAUUGGCAGUUUGGCCUUUGUGGGUAUCCUAGUGGGCAAUCUGUUUGCGGCCGUGGUCACCUUCCUCAUGUACUUUGGGUAUAAGGCGAAGUGUCUCGCGAUCCAAGGGCGUGUUCCCCCGGAGGCGCUCCUGCCGGACUCCUUCAUCGCCGCCAUCGCGCUGCCAGCCGGGCUUUUCUGGUUUUCCUGGACGCACUCGCCGUCGGCCCACUAUAGGGCCUCUAUCGCCGCCGGGGUGCCCUUCGGCUACGGCAUGGUGAUGGUCUUCCUGCCCGUGCUGAACUAUCUGAUCGACGCCUAUACCAUCUAUGCGGCCUGCGCUCCGUUUUCGGCGCCGUUUUCCCGUUAUUCACCAACUAUAUGUAUGGCGAUAUGGGCAACCACUGGGCGUCGUCCAUCCCCGCCUUCCUAG